CCCACUUGGCAAUAAAAAAGUACCAACCAGCCAACUAUACGUAAAAGUAACGAAGGUGAGUGAGACUUCAUUCAGCAGGCGUUAUUUGAUUAGGUGGCGUCGGCACUGGCCAUAUGAAAAAAAAAAGAAAACGUCGCAUGAGGACAUGCACGAGUAUCCACGCGCGAAUGUGCAUCAACGGAAUCGCAUUCGUAUUGCUGAACCAUGACGGAACCAGCUUCUUCCUCUAAAGGCAAGAAAAGGCAGGGCUCCGCCACCGAAACUGCCGAUACGGACAGUGCCUCCCAAGAGACGGACACGCGGGCCACUCCCCACGUAACUGUCCGGACCUCAUCUUCAACCUUGCCUGUACCGCUACCAGCCACCCAACCCAGCGACGGCAAGUCUACUAGCCUAAAGACACCCUCUGACUCGUACAAAGGAACGUCAAAGAAAAAGGCUGCAGCCCAAAGUUGGACUGAGGGUUUUACACUUGGCAAUCCGGUCAAUUCCGGCAAAGCUGUGCCUGAUGACUCGCCGUCGGCGCUGUCCACAGACACCAUCGAUACCGCUUCGGACUUCACCUUUGUCUACGGUCACGGCAAGUUCCAACGCAUGAUUCUCUUCUGCAGUCUCGCAGCCCAAUUCUCCCUGCUCUGUCACAACCUGUCUUACGCGAUGACGACGCCCUACAUAGACCACUGGUGCAGCCCGUCGGAAGAAUUCUCUCAUCUCUCCGCUGCAGACUGGAAGAAUAUAGCCAUACCGUGGAAAGGCGGCACGUACAGUCAGUGCAAGCAGUACGACCCUCCGCUAACCAUCUUCUCGAUGAAUAGGACACAAGUCGAUUGUCAGGCAUGGGAUUUUGACACCUCUUCCGAAGGAAAUUCCAUCGUGAGUCAAUGGAGCCUCGUUUGCCAUAGAAAGUACCUGGCUUCUUGGGCUGCAAUUGUUUACAUGUCAGGUGCUAUUAUGGCUUUGCCGGUAAUGGGCCAGUUGGCAGAUCGUAUCGGCCGCAGACCAGUGAUAUGUCUCGCUGUGUUCGUGCUCCUGUCGGCCGGAAUGGCCGUGUGCUUUGCAUCGACCUUCCUGACAUUCGUGCUCCUGCGAUUCUUGGUAGGUGCGUCGGCGAGCACACUUCAGAUCGCGACGUACGUGCUACUCUUCGAAGUAUCAACGCCGGCACAUCGGUGCUUGCAUUGCGUCCUGGUCCUCUCUGUGACGUUGACAACAGUUCCCUUAUACCUGGCGGUAUUGGAGCUGUUCAUACAUAAAUGGGUUUUCAUACAGGUUGGCAUCAUGAUACCAACCGCAUUGCUCGUCUGCUGCUUCUUCAUUGUCGUCGAAUCUCCGCGUUGGCUUCUCACCAAAUGCGAGGCGAAGCGAGCCGAGAAAGUCAUGUUAUGGGCUGCCAAGUUAAACGGCGUUGACGUGUCCAGCACUGUGCAGCGACUGCAGAGACUGACCGCAGCAGACGCCAACCGGAAGGAUGAUAUUAUCUGUGGGAACUUCCUGGACUUGCUGAAGUCACCAAUCUUCCGAAGACGCUGCGCCGCUCUCUUUUCUUGUUGGUUCGCCGUCAUCCUGGCCUACUAUGAACUGGUGCUCGGUGGCUACAGCAGGUACAGCAUAUCGAUUCGCGUCGCAGCCGUAUUGGUUCACGUGGCUGGCUACGUACUCGUAUACCAGUCUAUGUGUAAGCACGGCAGAAGGCCGACACUUGCCGGCCUUCUGCUCUUGUUUGCUGCGCUACUUGUGGGCUUCACAAUGGCAACCGAGUUUCCCGAAUCUCGAAUCGGGUUUGUGAUGGCCGCACAGUGCAUACUAGACUGGGCAAUAUGUCUCGUGUAUGUCUAUAGCGUGGAAUUGUUUCCCACGGUGGUACGAAGUGUCGGAGUCUGUGCAGCUUACUUCUGCGGGCGCCUCGGUGCCAUGAUUGCGCCUUUGAUAAAAGACAUCGGGGAUGUUACAGAUCCCGCCAUAUCCAUUGGCGUGAUCAGCGCGUUGGCGAUGUUGGGUGCGGUAUCUGUGCUUCAUCUUCCGGAGACCCAGUCCUUGUGGAUUGUAGACACGCUUAAACAAGCAGAAGCCAGCGAUUAUGCUUCGAGAAAGCUGCCAAGAAUGUCAAAGGCGAUUCUCAAGAAGAAGAAAGUGCCUGAAGUCACAGUCUAUCAGAGUCAGAGGCCAGUAAAGGGACUGAUCCUUCCACCAGAUAUUACGAGACUAACGGAUAUAUUUUCUGGCACGCCGUCAAGCACACGGGGUGAUUCUGGGGAACUACCUAAACCGUCGACGGACUCGUCGGGAAGACGGGACAAUCGAGUGACAGAUGGUCGAUAGACUGCUUCUAGAAGUGAGGUCUAAUACUGAAAGAAAUUGUAUUUUGUACAGAGGAGUGAAUUUGUACAGAAGUUUGUGCUGCCCGUCGCAGAACGCCACAAUUGCGUUUCGAUGAUGGAAUAUGAUUAGUAAAUUUUAACGCGCAACCUCA